UUUGUUUAAAAAUCAAACUUCUAUCAUACUCAAUUCUCGUCCUUCUUUCCUUCGUAUGUUAAACUCUAGUAGGUAAAAUUUCUAACCUUGGCCACUUAUAUAACUAUUUGUGUUGCAUGUUCCGUAAAACUCUUACUAAAACUAAACAGAACCGGCAAUUCGACACGGGAUGGGCACAUGCACAUAAGCCCCGCCCUCCACAGCGGGUUAUCCAAUCACUACGCACACUGCACACGGCGGGCCUCGUGUCAUAGCAGCAAGAAAGAGCCCAAGAAGCCAUUUUCUAACGUUUCUGUUGAAAAUAAUCUUCGCUUGUAGGGGAUAUUCGUUUGAAUGUGCACUUCUGAAUAAUUCUUAUGUGCAUUUGAAUAUUUCUUGUGUUCAUUGGAAGAGUUUGGAACAUUUUCUGUGUGGGGAAAAAGUGUGAUCUUUGGUCUCCUUAAACAAGGGAAACCUGUAUUGAACUGUGCGCUGCAAGACGUUUGUUAUACAACUUGUUUGUUAAAUCUUGAUGUCUGCUCUCUUGUUGACCAAUUCUGCUUGGUAAACCUGAUUUCUUUUAAAAUACAAACAAUUGUCUGAAUUGUAUCACAUUACUAAGUUGUCCAAAUCAAGAAAACGUAUUCCAAGUGUUGGACAAAGAGAGUAUGUCACACAUCACAUGAUGUCUAACGCCCAACCAAAGCAUCGCCGAAAAGGCACUCCAAGAUGGUCGAAAAAAAUGAAGAAGAAAGCGGUGCUCAGAGGAGUGGUGGAUAAACUAUGGGAGAGGCAGGAGAGAUUGACAGAAGAGAGGAAAGAAAACCAGGUGGAAUGGACAGAGGGGAACGGAGAGCCUGUACCGGGGACCAAGUGGCAGAGAGAGAACAAUCUGGAGGAGAUUAAGAUGUACGCAGAGAGAGCCGACUACUCUUUGGAAUGUGACCAACAAGCAGAAAAACAAGACGCGAACAAGAAAAACCAAACGACCAACCCUGCCAAACACCGGAGAAAGGGAGAGAAACCCUCCCGUGUGACAACCCCAAAUGUCGCUGCCCUGUACGGCCCUGGAGUACCUCCCCCUGACAAACGCCAAAAACAAGGACCUCCGACAUAUCAGUCAUCGGCCGACCCCAUCGACCUGGAGAUCCGACCUCCGACCACCUCGGAGGUCCCAUCUACCCCCAAACUAGCGGUGUCUACCCUACCUCCCCCCAGCUCGGAGGUCCCAACUACCCCCAAACUAGCGGUGUUUACCCUACCUCCCCCCAGCUCGGAGGUCCCAACUACCCCCAAACUAGCGGUGUCUACCCUACCUCCCCCCAGCUCGGAAGUCCCACCUACCCCCAAACUAGCGGUGUCUACCCUACCUCCCCCCAGCUCGGAAGUCCCACCUACUCCCAAACUAGCGGUGUCUACCCUACCUCCCCCCAGCUCGGAGGUCCCACCUACCCCCAAACCCUCCCAUGUGACAACCCCAACUGUCGCUGCCAUGUACGGCCCUGGAGUACCUCCCCGUGACAAACGCCAAAAACAAGGACCUCCGACCCACCAGUCAUCGGCCGACCCCAUCGACCUGGAGAUCCGACCUCCCCCAAGCUCGGAAGUCCCACCUACCCCCAAACUAGCCAAGGCAAUCUCAUCUUCCUCCGAGUCCCACGCCCCAACAACAGCGACAACAGACUGGGUCCAUCCGGAGGAAAAUCUCAGUGAUGUCAUCAGCCGACGGGAAGUGUCGUCCACCCCUCCUCCCUUGGACAAGAAGGCCCAACCAAAACAUCGCCGAAAAGACUUUCCAAGAGUGUCCGAAAAAAUGAGGAAGGAAGCGGUGCUCAGAAAAGUGGUGGAUAAACUAAGGGAGAACGUGGAGAGAUUGACAGAAGAGAGGAAAAAAACCCGGGUGGGAUGGACCAAGCGGCAGAGAAAGAACAAUCUGAAGCAGAUUAAGAAGUACGCAGAGAAUGCCGACUACUCUUUGGAAUGUGACCAACAAGCAGAAAAACAAGAUGCGAAAAAGAAAAACCGAACGACCAACCCUGCCAAACGCCGGAGAAAGGGAGAGAAACCCUCCCGAGUGAGAACCCCAAAUGUCGCUGCCCUGGACGGCCCCGGAGUACCUCCCCCUGACAAACGCCAAAAACAAGGACCCCCGACACAUCAGUCAUCGGCCGACCCCAUCGACCUGGAGAUCCGACCUCCGACCACCUCGGAGGUCCCACCUACCCCCAAACUAGCAGUGUCUACCCUAGCUCCCCCCAGCUCGGAAGUCCCACCUACCCCCAAACUAGCCAAGGCGAUCUCAUCUUCCCACGAGCUUGCCAAGACUAAGGAAACGAUUCCCCGAAAGAAGCCCGCCAAAGCAAGGAAGGGUCCUCAGCGAAAUAGACGGCCACACUGGAUGAACUCGGCACUCCAUGUGGUACCAAUAUUUGAGGAAUGCGAAGAAAAGAGCAAUUUUGUGGAACGCGGAGUGUUUAUGCCGCCAGACGCCCCCACAUCUGAGGAAGAACAAAAAAAGCUGGUGGAACAGCUCCUAAGUCUGUACGAUAACAGCAAUCUGCCCCCGGUGCCAGAAGGAAUGAGAUCAGACCUUCUGUUCCUGCGUUAUUACCCACGGAUGAAGACCCUCAUCCGGGUUCUGAAGGCCGAGCCAGGCAGGGAGAUCAAGCUCAAAGAUAAUUGCUGGUUUCUGUGUUUCGAGAACUUUCAGAUGGUGAGCAAGUCAGAACAGGAACAACUUAUCGAGCCCAACAUCUUGAGGACAGCUGAGAACAAGUUUGCCUGCAAGUUUUGCGCCGACAGUGACGUAGAUGGAGGGACCACCAGCAGAACUUAUUUCAACAAAGACAAAGACAUCAAACGACACAUCGCCACCCACCUGAAGGACCAGUUCUAUGUGUGUUGUUUCUGUGACUCACAGAACAACUGUGUUACCGACUUAAGAAGACAUGCAACUGGACACACAGAUUACCGACUGUUUCACUGCAAGAGCUGUAACCAGAGUUUUAUUCAGCAAGUCUCCUACGACACUCACAUGAAGAACCAUCAUGGCUGAACACACAGAUAGAUAGAUAGAUAGAUAGAUAGAUAGAUAGAUAGAUAGAUAGAUAGAUAGAUUUCAUCAUGAUAUAUUAUUUGUACAUUCUGUUCAUUUUCCAGUUCCUCUUUGAGAAUUGACAAAAUCAUUUUUACAUUUCUUUCUUUAUUUCUUCAUUUCUUCAUUUUUUAAUUUCUUCAUUUCUUUACUUAUUUCUUAAUUUCCUUACUUAUUUCUACAUAUCUUCAUUUCUUUCUUUAUUUCGCCAUGUCUUCAUUUCUUCGUUAUUUCAUUACUUCUCCCUAGUUGUUUUUUGUUUUAAAUUUGUUGGUUAAAAAAUAAUUGUCUUUCUGAUCAAAAUUGGAUAAAAGGAAAAGCGAAGAACACAUUAUUUAUUUAAACUAAAAUCAAAAGAAAAGUAGAAGAAAAAGUAAGGGGUACAAAAGCAGCUUAAAAUCAGGUCAAAAUUGAAUAAAAGUAAAACGACACCACGAAAGAAGCAGAAUGACAGCAAACAAAAGCUGGAUAAAAGUAGGAUAAAAGUGCUACAUAUGAGUAUGAGACAAAAUGAAGGAUAAAAUGUAUAACAAAAAAAGAUAAAAGUCCGACAAAAGCAGGAUAAAAAUAUGGAAAAAAAAUAAGUAUAAAAGUUCGACAUAAAAAAGCAAGCAGAAUCGGAUCAUAAAAGGAUGAAUGUUCCACAAAAAGCAGGAUAAAAUAUUUUUUAAAAAGCAGAAUACAAGUCCGAGAAAAAAAGCAAGAAGAAUCAGACUUGGGCAACGGCUUUGAAAAGAGCAACAGAAGCAGGACUAGGGGGAUAAAAGGGGGAUAAAAUGUUUUUCUACUCUGUACAAUAAAACGGAGAAGUGUAGCAAGUCACCUAUGACAUAUCAUGCUUCUUGGUUGUUUUAUCUACACAAAAUCCCGUAAAUUCUUCAUGUUCGUCCUUUAAUUUGCAUUGCUGAUUGUGAUUUUAUUUUUGCAAUAAAAGAUACUGACUUGUAAA